AUGAGCUGCAAGUCGAACAGGGGUCCAGUUGGCCUCGCGCGGGCCCGGCCUCCUUUUGCCCAAGACUCGGCCAAGCCGUUUCUUCGGGCUCUUCCUAACUUAGUCGAGCGUGUGCUGUUGGUGAGCAUCACGGAUAGUGACAGUUGCGGUUGCGCCUCCGGUCGAUCCCAUUCUUGUCGGAACCAACAGCCCGCCUUUUCGCCCAGAGAACAACUACUCAAAUUCCACUGCCGGAGGUCAUGCGACGGCGUGAGUCGUCUCUCGUUAAGCACGAGAUUCCCGUGGUCAGCGGUGGUUCUGUCGUACAACCGUUCCCACAGGGCCCGGCCAGUCUUGACAGGCGAUAGCCAUCGCCCCAUUGUGGCAUUCUUCUGGUGUCCUCCUCCCUUCGGCUGCAAGUCAGUCUCCGCCCGCAAUGGCACAACAGCUCGCCUACUCAACGUGGGGCCGUGCCGUCCGCACAGUGACUACGAAGCGUGUUCCGCGCCAACAAUUUGCUUGGCGUCUUCGGUUGACGGAUGGAGAUGCUGGCCCAUUGCUGCGGCAAACCACCUCCACGCGGGACAAAUGAGUGGCGUCCACUCCUUCGGUAGCUGGUGGAACUGGGUGAGGUAA